AUGAAUAAGGAUCCUGAGCUAGCAGCAGUAAUGCGUGUAAAAAUUACGGAGUACGAGAAAAAGGGCUAUAUCCGAAAGCUCUCAGUGAUUGAGAAGACGGAAAAGCAACCGAAGGACUGGUACCUGCCGAUUUUCCCGGUCAUCAAUCCGAACAAGCCAGGGAAGAUUCGGAUCGUGUUCGAUGCGGCGGCGAAGGUCAACGGAGUAUCCUUAAACUCAUUUCUUCUAACGGGACCGGAUCAACUGGUAUCAUUACUUACGGUGUUGUUUAAGUUUCGUAAAUUUAGGAUUGCUGUAGUUGGAGACAUACGUGAAAUGUUUUUUCAAGUGCUAAUGAGAGAGCAAGAUCAACACAGUCAAAUGAUCCUGUGGAACGGAGGAAACCCCAACGAAGAUCCGGAGGUUUACGUAGUAGCUGUCAUGACAUUUGGCGCGGCAUGUUCUCCAAGCUGCGCGCACUAUGUGAAGAACCUGAACGCGGAUAGAUUCACUGAGCAGUUCCCUCGUGCGGUCGAGUGUAUCAAGUAUGAGCACUACGUCGACGACAUGCUAUCCAGUGUGGAGACUGAAGCGGAGGCUGUACAGCUUAUCAAGGACGUGCAGUUUGUGCACUCACAAGCGGGCUUCGAGAUCCGAAACUGGCAAUCGAAUUCCAGCAGAGUCACAGCGUCGUUGCAGGAAGGCACCACUACCGAGAAGGACAUGAGCACAUGUUCGGAGACAACGACGUCGAAGGUCCUUGGAAUGUGGUGGGACACCACCAACGAUACGUUUACGUUCAGGUUAUCACCGAAACAUGAUGAGGAGCUAUUGUCUGGGGACAGAAUGCCUACGAAGCGAAGGACAUUGAUGGCGAUAUUUGAUCCGAUGGGUCUCAUCGGCAAUUUCCUCAUGUAUCUCAAAAUCCUUAUGCAGGAAAUUUGGCGUUCUGGGUGUGCCUGGGACGAUGAAAUCACUGGAAAGCUGGCCGAGAAGUGGACAAUCUGGAUUACUGUGCUUCCUGACGUAUGCAGGGUUAGUGUUCCUCGGUGUUACCGACUUAGUACAUCUGCUAGAUCCACGAACGUAGUUCAGCUGCACGUCUUUUGCGAUGCAAGCGAGAACGGAAUCGCGGCCAUUGCCUAUUUCCGAUUCAAAGAGAAUGGAGUGACUGAAUGUGCCAUGGUCGGAUCGAAGACAAGAGUAGCUCCCCUAAGAUUUCUCUCGAUCCCACGAUUGGAGCUACAAGCUGCUGUAGUAGGAGCACGUCUAGCAGACAGUAUUGCAAGCUCACACCGGAUAAAGAUCUCACGUCGUGUUUUUUGGACGGACUCCCGUGACGUGCUAUGUUGGAUACGGUCCGACCACCGGCGCUACAGCCAAUUUGUAGCGUUUAGAGUGAGCGAACUCCUAGAAACGACAGGAGGAGAUGAGUGGAGAUGGGUGCCUACCAGAGCGAACGUAGCCGACGAGGGGACGAAAUGGCAGAGACUACCAGAUCUGCAACCCUCAAGUCGCUGGUUCUGCGGACCAGAUUUUCUGCGGAAACCAGAAACCGAGUGGCCAGGUGAGGUCAGAGAUCCGGGAACAACUGCAGAAGAGAUUCGUCCAAGCGUUCUUCAUCACACGAUUACGGAACCACUAGUAUCCUUCGAACGAUUCUCCAAAUGGAAACGAUUGUUAAGAGCUGUCGCCUUCGUUCGCCGAUUCAUCAAGAACCUACAGAAUCGAACUCACCGGUUACCCAUCGAGCUAGGGCCACUUGCCCAGGAUGAACUGAAUUGGGCUGAACAAACCAUCUACCGCCAAGUUCAACGACAAGCAUAUCCGGAUGAUGUUCAACUGCUGAGCGACGCGAGCCAGAACAAGCAGCCCUGGGAACGCACUAUUCCAAAGACCAGCCCGUUAUACAAGCUGAGUCCGACCAUCGACCCACAUGGCGUAUUACGGAUGCAGGGACGAAUCGAAUCAUGUGAGUGGGUGGAUGAGUCUGUGAAGCAUCCGAUCCUGCUACCGAGACGACACUAUGUGACUGAUUUGUUGAUUGCUGACUAUCACAACAAGUACCGUCACCAGAACCAUCAGACAGCAAUUAAUGAAUUGAGACUAAAGUAUUGUAUUCCCCGGCUUCGAUCAGAGUACGACCGUGUCCGCAAGAAUUGCCAACACUGCAAGAUCCAUCGAGCAAACCCGCAGCCUCCUGCCAUGGGAAACCUACCACCCGCGCGCCUAGCAGCAUUCCAACGACCGUUCACGUACACCGGAAUAGACUACUUCGGCCCGAUGUUGGUAGUAGUCGGCAGACGAGUCGAAAAACGUUGGGGAGUCUUGCUCACUUGCCUGACGACGAGAGGCGUACACAUUGAGCUCGCACACUCGCUUACGACCGACUCCUGUAUUCUCGCUUUGCGAAACUUCAUCGCAAGAAGGGGAUCCCCACUAGAGAUGAUCAGCGAUAGAGGCACUAAUUUCGUUGGAGCUGCACGAGAGCUACGAGAAGCCUUGGAAACGGUUGACGAUAAAAAGCUCAUGACCACAUUUGUCGGACCGAACACCAAAUGGACCUUUAACCCCCCGGCUGCUCCUCAUUUUGGUGGCUGUUGGGAGCGAUUAGUGCAGACAGUCAAGAAGAUUCUAUACGCGUUCAAACCCCCGCGGCUACCGACCGACGAGAUUCUCCGAUCAAUGCUCAUAGAGAUCGAGAUGAUUAUCAAUUCGAGACCGCUCACUCACGUACCGCUAGAUAACGAUACAGAUUUUCCCUUAACGCCUAACCACUUCCUUCUAGGAUGUUCAAACGGAAGUAAGCCCCCGAUCGCCUUCGACGACAAACCCGCUGUGCUGAAACAGUCGUGGAAGAUGUCUCAGCAGUACGCUGACGAAUUCUGGAAGUAA